UGCCUACUUUGAAGUUUGUGUUCCUUCAACUUCACGUGGUUUUCGAAGUUAUGGGAUUUGGUGUGAAUUAUUUAGUAUUUUACUAGAAAUGUAUAUUGAAUGAAUAAUGCAUCGACUACUAUCGGCAAAAAGUUUAUGCCAAAAUAAUUUACACAGUGUGACAAUUUCUGCAUCAAAUUCUUUAAAAAAUAUAUCUUUACCCAAAAUAAAAUGUUCUUUUUGUCAGAAAAUUCUUCUCACAACACCAACUGCAGAAAACCUAUUGUCGGCAAGGCAUCAGUCCACGAGAACGGUUAACGCUCUGAAAUCCUUGAAAAAGAAAAGCAAACAUAAAAGCUACAAAAAGUACGGUGAACUCCUGCAAGUAAGUGAGACUAGCAUGACCGAAAUGCAGGUUUCAAUAAAUAAGUUAAAUGCAGCACAUCUAUCAAAGCUUGCAUCGAGUCCGGUGUCGCUUGGACAACUUCAUCAAUUAACAACAAAUCCUUCGAAAAAGUUGAAGGACAUAGAGGUUGACAAAGAGCUUCUUCGAACAGUCAGAAAUAAAAUUUUGAAGAAGACAAGUCCCGAUAUUAAAAUAGAAAAUGAUAUGUGUGCUCUUAUAUUUACUAAUCACAAAAUAUCAACAAUUGAAGACAGGUUGAAAACAAAAAAGAUCAUGGAUAUGGUAAAAGAGAGUUACUAUAAUUUUAGAAAGGCAACAAUUUAUGAUCAAAAACUACAAGACCUCAGGUAUGCCAUCAAUGAAGGUUUGACACAGGAAUUUAAUUUUGAAACUGACUCUGAACUGAAAAACUUAGAUAACUCUCUGCCAAAAAGUCCACAUGCUGUUUUUAAAGAAUUGUUUACCGACAAGCAAAUAGACCGCUAUGACCAAGAACUUAUUAGUCAUAUAACACAGUUUCAAAUGCAAGGUUUAGCACAUCCAGCCAUAGAUGAUAUAGAUGAUCCAUCUUUUCACACUGACCUCGGUGAGCUAAGAGAUGAAUCUAUUUUCGAUGGUGACACUGAACAAGUUAAGAGCCUAAAGAUUAAGAAAGCUCAGCAAGCAAUAAAACAAAAGAAGAAGAAGAUGCGUGAGAAACGUCGGCAGGCUCAAGAAGCGAGUAUGAAGCAGGACAUGAAAGAAUUGGAGCUCCAGGUCAAAGAAGAUGCUUUGCAGAGAUUAUUAACAUCACACUUGCAACUACUGUGUUCACUGGAUAUGAUUUCAGAGGGCCGUCAAGUCUUACAGUAUUAUAGGAAAAGGAAUGCUAAAUCACUGGAGCUACCAAAACUCAGAAGUGUUAAAAUUUACAACACAUUGCUUAAUGGAUAUGCUUCUGUGGGUAACAUAGAAAAUACAAAAGAACUAUUAUCAUUUAUGUCAGAAGACCAGAUAGAACCAAACGCGCAGACCUACGCAGCUGUGUUUGAAUGUGUGGAGAGAAGUCAUCUGGCAGACAAGUCAGCAAUAUUAAAUAAUUUUCACAAAGAAAUAAAAGACAAGGGCAUGACGUUAAACGAUUUGUUGGAUCAAAGUCAAUUCUUGUAUGACCAGCGUGAGGUAGUUCUCAGAGCGGUGAGGAGGCUGCAGCCGGGUUUUGAACCACACUACACACCUCCGAUACUGGACCACGAGUGUCCGUUACUUGAAGAUUUGAAACUAGAUAAAGUUAACAAUAGAUCGGGGCUGUUCACCUCGCCGGCUAAAGGUUUGAUGACCUUGGAACAGCUGAGAGAGAAGGGCAGGGAACAAUUAGAUAUGGAAAUUAAUGGAGAGGUCGAAGUACACAACAUUUCUUUAAAAGACGAAGCUUCCAAGGAGGUUCUAUUAUAUCGCGAGAAGCUAUCUUCGUCGGAGGCCGAGUGGCGUAGCUCCCUCCGUGAAGCUCUAACCCGCCAUCUUGCCACUCUGCGGGCUCGCAGCGGCGCCUCCCACGCCCCCGUUACGCUCUAUCCGUAUCUGAAGGUUUUAGAAGUUGACGAGUUUGUAGAAUUAAUGAUGAAUGAAAUCAUCAAACUAGUCGACGGAAGUGAAUCUUACAGUCCCACCUUGAAGUUACUGCAGAGAGAUCUGGGGACACAGGUCUAUCAAAAAUAUCAGAUAGAACAGUAUCGUCGGAACGGUGUUCUGAAGAAGAUCGAGCAAGUGUAUGACAAAUAUUGCAAGUGGUACCUGGAGAGGCAUUCCUUGGACGGAACAGACACACCAUACAACAGUAGACAGGCUUGGCAGUUGUUGGUACAUCAGAACAGAGAUGGCGCUAGUUUGGACGUCGAGGCAGCCCCGUGGUCGAUGGAAAUGAGACAAAGUAUAGGAAAGUUUCUAUAUAACAUUAUCAUUAAUGAUGUCAAGGUUGAUGUGAACAUGUUCAAGCCUAACGCCCAAGUUAAGAAGUUGCCAGCGGUGUACAAGGUCCACCGUCCGUGGGGUCGCUUGGUCCGUCUCGAGCUGAAGCCUCACCCGACCCUAUCCCGCCUCUGGUCCGCGGCGGCCCGGCCCCGCCUCCGCCUCCGCUCGUCGCUCGUGCCCGCCCGCUCGCCGCCCGCUCCUUGGCACAGCGCCACCGCCUCAGGAGCUUGUCUCCUCACUACUACAUCACUUAUACGGAUGCCGUUCUAUGUGAUGGGUCUAACGAAAAGAUUGGAAGAGGCUCCGCCGGCGACCAUGUACCCAGUACUUGACGGAUUGAACCAGCUGGGAGACGUGCCCUGGGUUAUUAACCAGAGAAUACUUGAUUUACAACUCAAAGUCUUCAGAUCGGGCGGUGACAAAAAGCUGGAUAUACCGCCUCCUGCGUCCUCGUUGGACGCGUCUCAGUGGAAAAUGGAAGGAAAGACUGGCGGGGAAGCGUUAAGGAGACGAGUGGCCAUCAACAGGGCUAAGGCAGACAUGCACUCCCUGUGGUGCGACGCGCUUUACAAACUGUCACUGGCCAAUCACUACAGGAACGUAACAUUCUGGUUGCCUCACAACAUGGACUUCCGCGGUCGUGUGUACGCGGUGGGUCCGCACGUGUCGGCGCUGGGUCCGGACGCAGCGCGCGCCCUCCUGCGGCUGGCAGGCGUCCGGCCGCUCGGAGCGCGCGGACUCGACUGGCUCAAGAUACACGCUGUCAACCUCACCGGCACCAAGAAGAGGAGCACCGUGGAAGAAAGAUUACAAUACGCUAAUAGUAUUAUGGACAAAAUAUUAGAUUCAGCGGACAACCCUCUAGACGGUGAAGGCUGGUGGAAGAUGUCCGAGGAGCCGUGGCAGACAUUAGCUUGUUGUAUGGAAAUUGCUAACGCUGUACGAUCACCCAAUCCAGAAGAGUACGAGUGCGGGUUCCCCGUGCAUCAGGACGGGUCGUGUAACGGUCUGCAGCACUACGCGGCCCUGGGCGGGGACGCGGCGGGCGCGGCGGCCGUCAACCUGGCGCCCGCGGACAGGCCGCAGGACGUCUACAGCGAGGUGGCCGCACUGGUGGAGACGAUGCGGGUCCGCGACGCGGCGAAGGGUGUGACGGCUGCUAUGGUUUUGGAGGGGUUCGUGAGGAGGAAGGUCAUCAAGCAGACGGUCAUGACCACCGUGUAUGGAGUCACCAGGUUCGGUGCGAGGCUGCAGAUAGCGAAGCAACUUAAAGAUAUUGACGAGUUCCCCAAAGAGCACGUGUGGCCUUGCUCGCAGUAUCUAACAGCUCGCACCUUCGACUCGCUGAGGGAGAUGUUCGCCUCCACCAAGCUCAUACAAGACUGGUUCACAGACUGCGCCAAGAUGAUCUCAGGCGUGUGCGGUGAGAGUGUGGAGUGGGUGACGCCUCUCGGCCUGCCCGUGCUGCAGCCGUAUUACAGGCGACCGCCCGCUCAGGACACACAGCAGCGGCCGUGUACUAUGAAGCAGCGUAACGCGUUCCCUCCUAACUUCAUCCACUCCCUGGACGGGUCUCACAUGAUGCUGACGGCGCUCCGCUGCGGCGCGAGGGGCCUGACGUUCGUGUCCGUCCACGAUUGCUUCUGGACGCACCCGGACACGGUGGACGACAUGAACAAGAUAUGUCGAGAGCAGUUUGUCGCUCUUCAUUCACAACCGAUCUUGGAAGAUUUAUCAGAUUUCCUUGUGAAGCGAUAUAGCUACCCUGAAAGUGAAAUUGAAGCUAGCAACGUGGGUGCGGCGAACAAGAAGCGAGUCAACGCUCUGCUGAGAAGGGUACCGGAAAAAGGCGACUUCGACAUCAACAGCGUUCUGAAAUCAGUUUACUUUUUCAGUUGAAAUAAAUAUAACACGUUCCGAGGAACAUUUAUAUAUGAUUAGGGUUGAACUUUACCGAAAAUACUGUCCACGACCAGCCUUAGAGAGCGAGUUCACUACUAUGCUUAAGAAAAUAAUGUUCCGAAUGACCCUGGGACAAGACGACUUGGAGACAGACUGAUUUGUAGUAGAUUGAUCUAGGUAGGCCUGCUGAUGAAUUUUUCUAUACAAAAAUAUAUUCACUAAAGACUUAAUUAGUUAGUACUUUUGUAUGUAAUAAUUGGAAACAAAAUUAUUUGCGGUAAAAAUUGUCAACACAAGAUGCACAACCGAUCAUACAUAUACAAACUUUGUGUGGCAUUAAACGAAAGGGCUUGAGUUUAAGGCACGGUUACUACACAGAUUAUUCGCUUGUUAAUAUAGUAAAUAAAUUGCAAAUGUUAAAAGGUAUACAAAAGGCCUUUGAACCCAGUUACCUCUCAUACUGGUAGAUUUCGUUGCAGCUAUAACUAAACACGGUGGUUAUAGGCUUAUAUUUAUUGUUCUUAACGAAUUAAUACAUAACAGGUUAUAUUUCCAUUUGCAAACCAUUCUUCCUCAGCAAGUGUAGUACAAAAGUUUAGUCAGAUUGUUCGAAAUGAAAUAGAUUGUGAUAAAUAUAUAAUUUUUGUUUUGUUUUA